GUCACUCUGUGUCCAGGCAUUCAUGUUGGUGUCACUGAAGCUGGCUGUGGGAUUCUUGAAAGCUAUUGAAACAGACUUGAUUGCUGAUGACUUGUGGCAGUGUCUAAAUGACUGCAUCCUGAAACCUAUUGUACAUUCAACCAUUGGUCCACUCAGUUUUAUAGAUAUCGUAUUCUCAUUGUUUGGAUUUCAAGACGACCUUCUAAUCGACGUUCUUUGGCUGCACAUGGAAGGCUGCAAUCAACUGAAAAAGCUCAGCAGAGUGCCAGAGGAGCUACAACAAAUAUUAACAAACCAUAUUCCCAGAUUACAUCAUAUGUUCAGUCAUCUAGUCAAAUUUCUGCGUUUUGAUCACAGUGUCCUCCUUGACUUCCUAAUAUCUUCAGAAACUCGAUUUCUGGAUUACUUUACUCACUAUCUGAAAAUGCUCAUACAAAACUGGAAUGUUUUUCGAUCUCCUCACAGAAAGUUGGAAAUUUUGUCGCAAAGCAGAGAAGUUGAGGCAGACGCUGGAGUUAGUGAUGUUGACAGUGAAGCUACAACGAGCGACUGUGUUGAUUCUGUAAUGACCGUAUUGAUUCGAUUACGUUUGGCUAUGGAGCGGCUUCAAUGUCAGGGUCUGUUUCCGUAUAACGCAGCGCCUCUUCUCGCGUUGCUCAAGCGAGUGGAAGAGUGUUACGAAAACGAUACGGAUACCACAGAGUUAUGACAACGGAUGACAUUUGUACUGCAAAUGAGCAGCAAAGGAAAGGAAAUGAGACACAGAAACAUGGGUCUUCUGCAGGUAACAUUGUCACUCUACCAAGAGAUACUAACUCUAGUGUUAUUCUCUAAUCCCAUCGUUUGUGUGUAUGUGUGUGUGUGUUUGUGUUUGUGUGUGUGUGUGUGUGUGUGUGUGUGUGUGUGUGUGUGUGUGUGUGUGUGUGUGUGUGUGUGUGUGUGUCAUUGUCACCCACCACUGGCAAUAUGAUAAAGUGUGCAAAUAUUAUUAACUCAUUGCAAGCAACAUUACACCCAAACAAUAGAUAAAGAAACAUCAUUUCAUAAAUGAUCAACCAAUAAGCUAGAUCUCCCCACCAAAUCAGUAACAGACAUUAGAACGGCUCAACAUCUUCACGGAAGUGUUUGGAAGUUGCGCGUGCGCAAUAACUUUAUACACUAGGAGUGUUUUUUCCAAUCUGUAGUUGUCGCUUGUUGUCUUGUGGCGUUAGAGAUUUUGGACGUGGGCACAACAAUGAGGGUCUUUACGACGGUACUAACAUCCGACUCUUUACCAUCUCGCACAGCCACUCUGCGAUAGCGAGCAGAAGAGGUCACGUGAUCAACACAACCGUACGACAGUAAGA